AUGGCUAGGUUCCGGGUCCGCUUUGCCCCUGACAGAUUCACUCCCAAACAACUUCCCCAGGAGGCACUCAAGCCGAGGAAACAGGCACCAUCGCGACGGUUCUACAGAUGUCGGUACCCAUGCCGCGAGUGUAGGCAGAGUCGUUCGAGAUGCGACGAGACGUACCCAGUCUGUCUCCGUUGCUCGCGCAAAGGCAUCGUGUGUCACGCUGCCGCGAGGGAACAGCAGUGGCAGAUCCAUCUCCCUGCUCUUACUCUCACUUCCGGCCGCCAUGUCUCAUCCCUCUUGCACAGCCAAAGCGACAAUCAAUUGUUGCAGUACUGGCUGGAAAAGACGAGCCGAAUAUUGGUGGCCUGCGAUGAUGAGAACCCGUUUGCUUAUCCCAUCGUCGAGCAUCUGUCCACCAGCCAGUCCAUGUUGCACAUCAUCAAGAGCAUCAGCUCGGCGCACCAGCACUUUUUCCAUCCAGGACAGGUCCACGAUAGUCUCGAGCAAAGGAUAAAGGCCAUCGAGGCUCUCCGAGGAGAGCUGAGCAUGGGCUCUCAACAACUUCACACUCUUUUCCUCUCCAUCUACCUACUCGGCAUAUCGUCAUCCUUCCUCGACCAUAAGUUGCAAGACUUUGGUCAUGAACACUUAGAGGCGGCAAGAACAGUCAUAAAUCUCAUACUGGCCGAGGAAGCGUCUCGCAAGCAUCCAUUGACGCGUCUAGUCGUCGGCACCUUUGUGUACUGGGAUAUGUCUUGCGCGUUCUUGAGCCAGACCUCCAGCAAUCCUAUACACAAUUUUGAGGGGCCUCUCUACACCUUCAUUGCCGAGGAGAUGGCUGGGUUCUUACACCCCACCACCGGGCCCUGCACUGGACUGUUCUAUAUUCUCUGCACGUUGGGGAGAUACAUUCGCCAUGUCAUAUCGGGUGGUAUUCGAGAUUCUGACCUGGAGGUCAUCCUCGAGGUGAAGCUCCUAGCCUGGGAAUUUCCCGACCCUGACCCUCCCACUAUGUUCCCGCAACGAAUUCCUAACCUCCAGUUAACCCUUUACGAAAAGAACGACGAUAUCGGGGGGACCUGGUAUGAGAACACAUAUGCCGGUGUUGGUUGCGAUGUUCCAUCUCAUGUCUACCAGUACUCAUUUGCCGGCAACCCAAACUGGUCAAAGUUCUAUGCCGGUGGUGCAGAGAUUCAACAGUAUCUGAAAGAUGUUGCCUGGCGUUACGAUAUUGAGAAGUAUGUACGUCUGCAGCACCACUUCGAGAAGGCCGAUUGGGAUGAAACGACACAGAAGUGGACUGUCACGGUCAAGGAUCUCAGGAACAACACCACUGUGACAGACACCGCAGAUAUCCUUAUCAAAGGAACUGGUAUCCUCAAUAAAUGGAAGUGGCCUGAGAUCAAGGGCUUGCAAUCCUUCAAAGGGUCCCUCAUGCACACAGCAGGUUGGGACCCUAAGUUUGACUGGACCGACAAGAGAGUGGCAUUGAUUGGUGCUGGGUCGAGCGGAAUCCAAGUGCUACCUCACAUUCAGUCCAAGGCGAAGCACAUAUUUCACUACAUGCGAGGCAAGACCUGGAUCAGCCCGGUUGGGUACGCGGCGGAAGUCGGCGGAGGCGUCAACAGAGAUUACACCGCUGCGGAACGAAUGGACUUUGCCAACAACCCGCAGACAUACAUGGAGUAUCGACAUAUGGUUGAGGGUGUCAUGAACAAGGGCCAACUGUCUACAUUUCUCGGCUCUGACGUCCAAAAACAGUUCUGGGAGGAAUCAGACGCCUUUAUGCGACGAAAGCUGGAGAAGAAGCCCGAGAUCUACAAGUCCCUCAUCCCCAAUUUCCCUCCAGGAUGCCGCAGAUUGACUCCAGGCCCCGGAUAUCUGGAGGCUUUGGUCGAAGACAACGUCACUUUUAUAGGAGCCGGUAUUGAGAAAGUGACAGAGAAUGGUCUUUUCGAUACCAACGGUGGAUUCCACGAGGUCAACGCUAUCAUCUGCGCGACUGGUUUCGAUUAUUCCUGGAGCACCGAAGACACACCCAUCACAGGUCGUGGCGGAAUCACCCUUGAGAAUAUGUGGGAUCCAUGCCCCGAAGCAUACAUGGGAGUGACGGUGCCCAACAUCCCCAACUUCUUUAUCUAUCUUGGGCCAGCUGGUGCACCCGGCUCUGGAAGCUUCAUCACCAUGCUUGAGUUUGUGGUUGAAUACAUCAUCAAAUGUAUCAAGAAGCUGCAGAGAGAGUACAUAUCGUCACUCGAGCCUACUAUGGAAGCCCAUGUCGACUUUUGCAAGCAAGCCGACAAGUACUUUGAGAAAACCAUUUUCACCUACCCGUGCAAGUCUUGGUUCAAGAGAAACAGCGAAACCGGGCGAAUUGUUGGCAUCUGGCCGGGAUCGUCUGUCCACGCCCAACAGGCAAUGGAGAACCCACGCUUUGAGGACUUCCGUUAUGUCCGUAUGCCAGAGGUGGAGCAGAACAGGUUCAAUUGGUUUGGAAAUGGCCUCACUGUUGCACAGGAGAAGAGUGAGAAGACGACUCAGUAUCUUGAUGAUGUUGACAUACCCGCGGUUAUCAACCACGGUCCAAGACCUGAGCUCAACGGCGUCUCUGCUGACAAGUCUUCUAGUUUGGGUAAUGAAUUCCCUGGACUAGUUUAA